GGUAGGAUGACAAUUGCGCACAGUUGGCCAGUUUGGGUACUAUUUGCGCAAGAAUCUUGUAGGAACCGUUUGCACAGGAAUCAGUUAGCCCACUCUGUCUGAUGGGACGUACACAGUGCUCCGGAGAUGGCUCGACAUGGGAGUAAUUCAACAGGGCAUAGAAUGACACAACGCCAUAUGGGAGGCAGCAGCAGCAGCAGCAGCUGAAACAUAGCCCCACUGUAUGGCAUAGGUCUUCAGCAAGCAAGCAAGCAGAGACAGAAGAUACCGGCUGCAACUAGGGUGCCGUACUAGUAGAGGUAACCAACCAACCAACCAAGCAAGCAGGCAGUCUAAUACCAGCCAAUCAUGUUCCACCGCAUCAAAAAGGACAAGGACAAGUCGGAGAAGGAUGGAGGGAAGAAGGACAAGGAGAAGAAGGACAAGAAGGAGCGCAUGUCGGCCGCCGAGCUGAAGAGCCUGGAGGAGAUGGGCAUGAGGCGCGGGUUCUUCCACCUGCACCGCGGGGGCUCCAAGCGGGACUCCAAGGGCGCCAAGCUGGAGAUCUCGGGCCCCAUCCCCAUCAAACUGCCCAGCAGCGCAGAGUUCAGCCUCAGCGCCCAAGACUACGAGCGCGUCCAGGCACGCAUGCAGGAGCUAAGCCAGAUGAGCUCCAGCGGCUCCAGGGACGACCUGAAGAAGGACGCCACCGCCACCGCCCCAUCCCCUGCCAUGUCCUCCGCGUCGGUCGCCACUACUUCCUCACAGGAUGCGCCCGCCAGCGGCCGCUCCUCCAUCAAGGAGCGGGCGGCCAAGUUCGGGCCGCUGACCAAGCAGAACUCGCAGGUGGGCCAGCUCAUGAAGCGCUUCUCCUUCUCCCAGAGGAGCAAGGAGGAGAGCCCGAACCCGAGCCCGCCCGAGUCCACCGCCCCGUCGGGCCAGAACUCGGCCGUCGUGUCUCCUCAGAUGGAGGCGCGAGAGGUGGACUCUCCGAGGCAGCUGGGCAGCCCUCCUCCUCCUCCUCCACCAUCUCAGCCGGUCCACAUUCCAGAACUGGUGGAGAAGUCGUUCCCGGCGGUGGAGCUGCAGCUGCCGGCGCUGGUGCAGCCCAAGGUUCCGGAACCGCGGGAGCUGGAGAUCCAGCGGCGGAAGACGGGCGACUUUGGCUUCUCGCUGCGCCGGACGGCCAUGCUGGACCACCACCCCGACGGCAAGGUGUUCCGGCGCGUGGUACACUUCGCCGAGCCGGGCUCCGGGCUGGGCACCAAGGACCUGGCGCUGGGGCUGGUGCCGGGAGACCGGCUGGUGGAGAUCAACGGGCAGAACGUGGAGAGCAAGAGCCGGGACGAGAUCGUGGAGAUGAUCCGGCAGUCGGGCGACGUGGUGCGGCUGAAGGUGCAGCCCAUCGUGGAGCUGAGCGAACUGAGCCGCUGUUGGCUGAGGAACAUCGAGAAGGGCACCACCAGAGACGCCUACGAGGUGAAGACAGAAGAGCAGAUCGCUGCUGAGAAGUUGUGGUACGGCACAGAGAAAGUAUGGCUGAUCCACAAGGACGGCUUCUCUCUAGCAACACUCCUGAAGACGGAGGAGGGCAGUCUGCCGGAGGGCAAGGUGAAGAUCCGGCUGGAGCACGACGGCUCUCUACUGGACGUGGACGAGGACGACGUGGAGAAGGCCAACGCUCCGUCCUACGACCGCGUGGAGGACCUGUCCUCACUACCGUACCUCAACGAGUCCAGCGUCAUGCACUCCCUCCGCCAGCGCUAUGGCGGCAACCUCAUGCACACGUACGCUGGGCCCAACCUGCUGGUCAUCAACCCCGUCAGCGCACCCUCCAUGUACUCAGAAAAGGUGAUGCACAUGUUCAAGGGGUGUCGUCGCGAGGACACGGCGCCCCACAUCUAUGGCGUGGCCCAGACGGCCUACCGCAGCCUCCUGACGACGCGGCAGGACCAGUCCGUGGUGCUGCUGGGCAAGGCGGGCAGCGGCAAGACCACCAACUGCCAGCACCUGGUCCAGUACCUGGUGUCCAUCGCAGGCAGCCCAGGCAAGGUCUACUCAGCGGAGAAAUGGCAGGCCGUGUACACGAUCCUGGAGGCCUUCGGUAACGGCUCCACGGCCAUGAACCCCAACGCCAGCCACUUCUCACACAUCGUCAUCCUGGACUUCGACCAGGCUGGCCAGGUGGCGUCCGCCUCUAUACAGACGAUGCUAUUGGAGAAGCAGCGAGUGGCCCGGCGUCCGGAAGGAGAGUCCACCUUCAACGUCUUCUACUACAUGAUGGCGGGAGCAGAUGGAUCUCUCAAGACAGAGCUGCACUUCAACCACUUUGCAGAGAACAGUGCCUUUGGGAUUACACCACAAGCUAAGAGUGAUGAUAAGCAGAGGUCUUCUCAGCAGUUCAUUAAGCUGCAGGCUGCUAUGAAGGUGUUGGGGAUCUCUGCGGAGGAGCAGAAGGCCUUCUGGCUCAUACUGGGGGCCAUUUACCACCUGGGGGCCGCCGGGGCCACCAAGGAGUCGGAAGAAGCUGGCCGUAAGCAGUUUGCUCGUCACGAGUGGGCCCAGAAGGCGGCCUACCUGCUGGGGGUGGGCCUGGACGAGCUCUCGGCGGCCAUCUUUAAACACCAGCCCAAGAGCUCCAACCCACGCGUGUCCGCCAUCCGCCAGGCCAACGAGGACGCUGCCGACGCAUCAGGGCAAAAGGCCACGGCCAUGGAGUGUUUGGAGGCCAUGGCAUCUGCCCUCUACGCUGAGAUCUUCACUGUACUCAUAUCACUCAUCAACAGAGCUCUGAAGUCCAGUCCGAACUCGUUGUGUUCUCUUCUGAUCGUGGACGCUCCGGGCUUCCAGAACCCUCGGCAGGCCAAGAGGGAGCGCGGCGCCACCUUCCAGGAGCUCUGCCACAACUACGCCCAGGAACGCCUGCAGACACUCUUCCACCAGAGGACCUUCGUCAAGGAACUGGAGAGAUACAAGGAGGAGAACAUCGAGGUGUCUCUUGACGACAUGGAGCCCAGCACAUCGCUGUCUGUGUCGGCUGUGGACCAGGCCUCCAGCCAAGCUCUGGUGCGUACCCUGUCCAGGACGGAUGAGGCGCGGGGUCUGCUGUGGCUGAUGGAAGAGGAGGCCAUGCAGCCUGGAGGAUCAGAAGACACCCUGCUGGACAGAUUGUUCAGCUACUACGGACCCGCCGAGGGACAGAGCAAAGGUCACACGGUGCUGCUGAAGAGCGAGCGAGCGCAUCACUUCCUCCUGGGCCACAGCCACGGCUCUGAUUGGGUGGAGUACGACGCCCGCGGCUGGCUGGGCCACGCCAAACAUAACCCUGCUACCCAGAAUGCAGCUGGCCUCCUCCAGAACUCUCAGAAGAAGAACAUCAGUGCCCUUUUCAUCGGGCGGUCCGCGGGCAGCACGGUGCUGGCGGGGUCCAUUGCGGGGCUGGAGGGCACGUCGCAGCUGGCCCUGAGGAGGGCCACCAGCAUGAGGAAGUCCUUCACCACCGGGGUCGCCGCCGUCAAGAAGAAGAGCCUCUGCAUACAGAUCAAACUACAAGUGGAUGCCCUGCUGGACACGGUGAAGCGGUCGCGUGUGCACUUCGUCCACUGCCUGCUGCCCAAGGCGGACGCGCUGCAGGGGGCCGCUGCUCUGGGGGAGGCCGGGGGAGAGGGCUGCGAGUCGGGCCUCAUGGAACUGGACGUGGCCCUGCUCAGGGCUCAGCUCCGCGGCACCAAGCUGCUGGACGCCAUGCGGAUCUACAGACAAGGGUUCCCUGAUCACAUGGCCUUCAUGGAGUUCCGUCGCAAGUUCGACGUGCUGGCGCCCCACCUUACCAAGAAGCUCGGCCGCAACUUCAUCGUCAAGGACGAGAGGAGGGCUGCAGAGGAGCUGUUGGAGGCCCUGGAGCUGGAGAAGAGCAGCUACCACAUGGGCCUGAGCAGGGUGUUCUUCCGUGCCGGCACACUGGCGAAACUGGAGGAGCAGCGAGAGGAGCAGACGAGGAGAAACAUCACCCUCUUCCAGGCAGCAUGCAGAGGACACCUGGCCAGGCAGGCCUUCAAGAAGAGGAAGAUCCAGGACCUGGCCAUCCGCUGCAUCCAGAAGAACAUCCAGAAGAACCGCGGUGUGAAAGGCUGGCCCUGGUGGAAGCUCUUCACCAACGUCCGGCCCCUGGUGGAGGUGCAGCUCACAGAGGAGCAGAUCAGAGGACAGAACGAGGAGAUCCAGCUGCUGAAGUCCAAGCUUGAGAAGGUUGAGAAGGAGCGCAACGAGCUGAGACUCAACAGCGACCGGCUGGAGAGCAGGAUCACGGAGCUGUCUGCGGAGUUGGCGGAUGAGAGGAACACAGGUGAAUCUGCCUCCCAGCUGCUGGAGACAGAGACGGCAGACAGACUACGCCUGGAGAAGGACAUGAAGGACCUACAGGCGAAGUUUGACGCUAUGAAGAAACAGAUGGAGGGGAUGGAGAUGGAGGUGAUGGAGGCGCGACUGAUGAGGGCCGCCGAGCUCAACGGGGAGCUGGACGAUGACGACGACGCAGGCGGGGAGUGGAGGCUGAAGUAUGAGCGGGCCAUCAGGGAAAACGACUUCAGCAAGAAGCGACUGCAGCAGGAGUUUGAUGACAAGCUGGAGACGGAGAAACAGAGCAAGAGGCAGCUGGAGAGAAGGCUGACGGACCUGAGUGCAGACCAGGAGGAGUCCCAGCGCUCUCUACAGCAGCUGAAGAAGAAGUGCCAGCGUCUGGGGGCGGAGCUGCAGGACACACGCCUCCACCUGGAGGGCCAGCAGACCCGCAACCACGACCUGGAGAAGAAGCAGAGGAAGUUUGACCAGGAGCAGAAUUUGACCCGUGAUGAGGUGCAGCGAGAGAAGGCUCUGAGAGAGAAGCUGGGCCGCGAGAAGGAUAUUCUCACUGGAGAACUCUUCACCAUCAGGCAACAGCUAGAGGAUAAGGACAUGGAGCUGUGUGCGGCCAACCUGAAGUUGGAGCAGUUGGAGGCGGAGCUGACGGACGUGACGUCGCAGGAGAGCAAGGACGAGGCCUCGCUGGCCAAGGUCAAGAAGCAGCUGCGCGACCUUGAGGCCAAGGUCAAGGACCAGGAGGAGGAGCUGGACGAGCAGGCCGGCACCAUCCAGAUGCUGGAACAGGCUAAGCUGCGCCUGGAGAUGGAGAUGGAGAGGGUGAGGCAGAACCACUCCAAGGAGCUGGACAGCAAAGACGAGGAGGUGGAGGAGAUACGACAGUCCUGCAGCAAGAAGUUGAAGCAGAUGGAGGUGCAGUUAGAGGAGGAAUAUGACGACAAGCAGAAGGUGCUGAGGGAGAGACGAGACCUGGAGGCCAAACUCAUCAACGCACAGGACCAGGUGGGCCAGAGGGAUGUGGAGACGGAGAAGCGCCUGAGGAAGGACCUGAAGAGGACCAAGGUGCUGCUGGCCGACGCCCAGAUCAUGCUGGACCACCUGAAGAACAACGCCCCCAGCAAGAGGGAGAUCACGCAACUCAAGAACCAGCUGGAAGAGUCAGAGUUCACGUGUGCGGCGGCAGUGAAGGCCCGCAAGUCCAUGGAGCUGGAGAUCGAGGACCUGCACAUCCAGAUGGAGGACAUGUCUAAAGCCAGGAUCUCGCUGGAUGAGCAGCUGAGUCGUCUGCAGAAGGAGAAGAACGACCUGCAGUCGCGUCUGGAGGAGGACCAGGAGGAGAUGAACGAGCUCAUGAAGAAACACAAGGCCGCCGUCGCCCAGUCUGCGAGGGACCUUGCCCAGAUCAGUGACCUGCAGGCCCAGAUGGAGGAGGUCAUGAAGGAGAAGCAGGAGAUUCAGGAGAAGGUGCAGUCCCUUCAGAGCCAGCUGGAGUUCCAGGAGCAGUCCAUGGUGGAGAAGUCCCUGGUGAGCCGGCAGGAGGCCAAGAUCCGCGAGCUGGACACCAAGCUGGAGUACGAGCGCACGCAGAUCAAACGCCUGGAGGGCCUGGUGUCGCGUCUGAAGGAGAACCUGGAGAAGAUGGGAGAGGAGCGCGACCAGCGCAUCGCCGGGGAGAACCGGGAGAAGGAGCAGAACAAGCGGCAGCAGCGGCAGGUCCGGGACCUGAAGGAGGAGAUGGCCGAACUCUCCAAGAAGGAAGGGGAGGCCAGCCGCAAGAAGCACGAACUGGAAAUGGACAUUGAGAGUCUGGAGGCGGCCAAUCAGAGCCUGCAGGCGGACCUCAAGCUGGCCUUCAAGCGAAUCGGAGACCUGCAGGCGGCCAUCGAGGACGACAUGGAGAGCGAUGAUAACGAAGACCUCAUCAGCAGUUUGCAGGACAUGGUGACAAAGUAUCAGAAACGAAAGAACAAAACUGGUGAUGACUCAGAUAUGGACUCCGAAGUGGAGGACCGUGUGGAUGGUGUGAAGUCAUGGCUGUCCAAAAACAAGGGCUCCUCCAAGACCCUGGCGGACGAGGCCGGACUCAAAGGCAACAGAUAUGCGGCUAAUGCCGAUGCUAAGGAUGCUAAGGAAGGUAAGGAGGGUAAGGAGGGCAGUAAGGACGGCCUGAUGAAGGAGGGCGGCACUGGCGGCGGUAGAGAGCAGCAGGACAGCCGCUCCGUGUCCGUCAUGAGCUCCCUGAGCUACAGGAAGCGCUCCAACAUCAAGGACUCCAUCGGCGGCCACGGCGACGAGAGCUCCCUCUUCAGCACGCUCAGCAAGGACCAGUCGGAGAUGCUGGACCGCUCCACGCUGCGCAAGGCCAAGGCCAAGGGAGGCGGAGGAGGAGGAGGAGGAGAAGGGCAGCAGGACGACGACGACCGCGGCUCCGUGAUAUCGCAGGCGUACUCCGAAGCGACCAGCCGGGCGCGGAAAGGCCUGGACCGGCGCUGGACGUCGUCGCAGCGCAACAGCCCCGAGUUCGACAAGGAGUCCAGCGUGUCGUCCAUGGCGCCCAGCCGCAUGUCAACCGCCCGGCGUGGUGGCGGGAUGGGCAUGAAGGACAAUGACGAUUCUGACGACGACGAUCUGAAGUCGAGCGUGAGCAGCUACGCUGUGCGUAAGAGCAGCUCGUGGCGGGACGACGGGCGGAGUGACUUCUCGGUGAGCCCCACGAUGAGCCGCAGGCUGGGCGGCGGCGGAGCGGGCCGGUCCCGAAGCCCCGGCAGCGUCAGCGUCGCCGACUCCCGCGUCUCCCUCGCCCGCAGCACGCGCCUCAGCGAGUUCGGCCUCCGCCUGGACGACGACGACGAUGACGACGACAUUGACAGCGUGAGCAUGGCAUUUGGGGAGACAGGCUCCUCCUCCUCAGCCGCACGUUCCUUCAGUCGCAGCCUCUCGAACCCGGCUCGUUCCACCGACGACACCGGUGGGGACGGCGGCGGCGACGUCAAAUCCGUCGGACAUCGCAACUACCUGGACCCCGAGCUGGAGAAGGCCAUCAACGAGGUGCUGAGCUUCAAGCCAAUCAAAUUCAAGCGCCGCAGCACGUGUGAAUCAGACAGUGAGGAGGAGAAGACUGGUGGCGGCGUUGGAGGAGGAGGCGUUAGCGAUGACCUUAUGGAGAGGAAGGUCGGCCGUGGCGGCGGUGGUGGUGCCGGCACCGGGCUCGAUCCAGACGAGGGUCUCGGCCGCAGCGCGUCCAGCCUCCGUCGCUCUGCCUCGGGCUCGGCGCUCGACUUCGGACGCUCCGGUAGCAGCAUGAGCUCACGCAGCACCACUAGUCGCUCCGGAGGCGGGAAGAACAACAGCAAGAAAAAGAAGAAAGCAGGCCGCGACGAGUCGGAGAGCUCCUCUGAGGACGAGCGCCACCGCCGCGGCUCCCGGGCCGGGAAGAAAGGCAAGAAGUCGUCCAGGAAGGGCAAGGGCAACAAAAGCGAGUCGGAAUCCGAGUCCUCGGAAUCGUCCGAGUCCUCCUCCUCCUCGUCCAGUUCCUGUUCCACGGUGUCGUACCGCAGCUCCAGCAGUGUGAAGAAGGGCCCGGCGCGGCAAGGGGGCGAGCAAGGACCCGACGGCCCGGAUCCAGAGAGACCCAUGAGUAAGAAAGACAUGAAGAAAUAUAAGAAGAAAAUGGACAGUACGGUGAUGAAGUACCUGUAUAAGCCUGACAGCGAAUAAGCCACUACGGUGAUGAUGAACACUGGAGAAGAGCCCCCCGGUGUACCGCAGACAUUUUUCCCGUUCGGAUGAUGACAUCCAGGAGGAGGAGUCUCCCACCAGCAGCCCGCCCCCCCACC